AGGCGGAUCAAGGCUGAGCUGAGGGAAGCACGCUGUCACUCCGAGCCGGGCCUGAAUUCGCAGCCCCCACCUGUGGGAUCAUCGCCCCCACCAUCGCGCAGACAUGGACUCGGGCAGAGGGAUCUUCAAACUCAAUGUGUCUUGGGGAAGAAGAAACAGGAAAGCCUUAUAAAUAUGAUUGUCUGGUAAAUGAUUUUGAGAAUAUAGAAAAUUAAAAGCAAGAUAAAAUGAAAGCAAGAUUUGAGAUACCUUAGUUACUGAACAAAUGGAAAACAAUGGUGUGGCCUGACUGAAGGUAAUCCCCUUGUGAUGAAACAAUUCCCUCUGCUUGCAGACAGGUCCAGGGGUCAGAGCAGACCCUAUUAGCUCAGCAGAAGGGGUCCAAAGAGUAGUAUUCAGGGUUUAAAAUGUAACACAGUACGGUGAUGUAAUGAUUUUUAUAGGCUGUAUGUAAAUGCUCUAGGAUUUGUAUCUUGUACUAGAUUGGUUAGUGAGAAAUAGAAUAUUCAACAGAGAAGAAGAUUUAUUGUAUUGUAAUGGGAACCUUACUCUCUUACGCUCUUACCCUCUUACUCUCUCACCCUCUCAUCCUCUCUGCCCCUCUCUUCUCUCGGGCCUGCUCUGAGCUGUGGCUGGCAGCUCCAAGCAGGGCCCUGCACCCAACCCCUUUGCAAUAAACCGCAAGUUCUACGACCUGGCUGCAGAGAUCUCUCGUCUCUGUCCGUCCCGAACAUCCUACCCCCUGACGCUCCUACAAAUGUGCUCAUCCCUUAUUUUCCACAAACCAGGAUUUCCCAUUAUGAGGAAGGCUGCGAGGAAGAGGAAGAUGCUCCAGGACACUGAUGCAGAGCAGGAGCUGAGCAUGGAGAGCAGGGAGGACAAAUGCCCAUGGCAGAACCUGGUGGAAGAGGCCGUUUUGAGCGGCUCCAUGGUGCAGAGUCACAGAGAGGAGAGGCCCUUCCAAUGCCCCGACUGCGGGAAGGGAUUCAAGGACAACUCCACCCUCUUCACCCACCGGCGCAUCCACACAGGGGAGAGGCUCUACGAGUGUGAUAAAUGCAGGAAGAAGUUUCUGACCAGCUCCAGUCUCCUCAAGCACUAUCGGAUUCACAGAGAGGAAAGGCUGUUCUGCUGCCCCGACUGCCGGAAGGGAUUCAAGCACAACUCAGACCUCGUCACCCACAGGUGCAUCCACUCAGGGGAGAGGCCCUGCGAGUGUCCCCAGUAUGGGAAGAGCUUCUCCAGCAGCUCUAACUUGACCAAACACCAACGGAGGCACUGAUAAGGGAAGCCCUGUGAGUGCCCUGAGUGCGAGAAGAGCUUCGUGCGCUGCUCCAGCUCCAUCCCCCACUGGAGGAGGCACUUUGGGCACAGCCCUGGUCACUCACAUUCCCUGUGAUCCAUGUUGGGAACACACCUGGCUGCUUCUCCUUUUGGUUUGGCCCCAAUUUGGAGCAGUGGGAUGGGGAUUGUGUGGGCCUGGGUGUGUGGGAUGUAUUUGACUGCAAAUAAAACUUUCAGAGUUACUGAUUCUGUCCUAUUUUCUGUAAGUUCUGUUUGCGGAGUGCCGCCGUCUCAGCUGAUUUGAUUACUAUUAAAAUCCCUUUUUUAAAAUCUAACGCAAAAAAUCCAAAAACCAAUAUCCAAAUAAAGCCACUCACCCACAAUUAAUUUUUUUAAAAGUAAUUUUAUUUGUUUUAGAGUACUUAAGGGAAUUAUUAAAUUUUGUUGGUUAAA